CUCCACGAUGUGUACACAAAAAGUGGUUUAUUAUACCAUAGUGGUCCUAUUAUUAAAAAUAACAUAUUCCUAUGUUUUGACUGAACAAAAUCACUUAAUUCCAGAACAAUGGGCAUUAGAAGGCAUGCCCUUUUUAUCAAUUAUUUUUGCAACGUCGGAAUAUUUGCCGGCUGGACCAUGCAAGGAAGACACACGGAGAUUUUUGCAUGACCUACUUAAAGGUUCUCUUUGGGCUACGCAAAUGUUCGAUUCUUCUACAAAAUAUCCGGAUGGUAUAUUCUACGGACAUACAAGACAUCUAGGAAAUUUUGAUGAGUGUUAUAACAUACAAGUUAAUAUCACAGAAGAGGGUACCGAUGUUCAUGAAAUUAAUGGAAAAUAUUGCUUAAUCGAUAUUAUAUAUAAGAAGAAGCAAACUACAUCAGUCCAACAAAAAUCAUCAGAAACACAAUAUAUGAACAAUUCCUUAGACAUAACCAAUUCUUUUUGGAAAGUAUUAGAGCAAUUGGAAGGUCACCCAUAUCGUAUACGCAGAAAUCGUUUACAAUUGGCUUUGUGUGUACCGGCGACCUGCAGUGCGGAAAAUAUAGAAACAGCCUUGAAAAUAUCUUUAAAAGGACUUGGAACAAGUAAAAAUAUUGAGUUGCAGACAAGUGUGCAACCUAAUUCUUGUCAUACAGUCAAAGAAGGGCCAAAGUUUACUCUUGGUGCCGGAGUUUACUGUGUUGUACUUGUCGCUUUGCUGAGUCUGGUCAUAAUCAGCACUUGGUACGACCGUACGCCAAGUGGAGAUGGAAAUAAUAUGUCUGUAAUACGAAAUAUCAUGCUACACUUUUCUGCUCGGAGAAAUUAUGAAAAAAUUUUCAACGUAAAUUAUACACAUACAGGGCUUGACUCUAUAUAUUUUAUACGGUUUUUUAUUAUCAGUUUGACGGUUUAUAUGCAUAAUGUAAUGCAAUAUAUGUUUAUUCCCAUUAUUAAUGUAGUUGAUAUAGAAGAGAUAUACAAAAUACCUUUGAUUACAUUAAUAGUGAACGCUACAGUCACAAUAAACAUAAUGUUCGCCUUGAGCGGCGUUCUACACGCAUUUCAAUUAUUGAAAGACUUGGAUCAAAAUAAACAAUUAAAAUUUGUUAAAAAUGUCGCAUUGAGAUACAUGAGGUUAACGCCGUUAUAUGCUACAAUAAUUGGCUUCUACAUUUGGAUCCUCCCAUUACUGGGAUCCGGACCAUUUUGGAAUCAUGUGGUCGAAGAAUGCGCUCAUUGUGCAAAAAAUUGGUGGAUAAAUCUCUUGUACAUUCACAAUUACGUCGCAGUUUCGGAAUUCUGUGUCACCCACGGCUGGUAUUUAGCAGCAGACUUUCAACUUUUUGUUUGCAGUCAAUUUAUAAUAUAUGCAUUUUGGUGUAUGCCGCGCAACAUAGGGUAUCCUUUUCUCGGGAUAUUAACAUUAAUAAGUUGCACUGUAUCUUUUGUUGCCACUUACGUAUAUAAUGCAUCUUCCAUCCUACGAUUUACACCAUACGUAACAAAAUUAGCAGAUCUACCAGAAUUCAAGGCAUAUUAUAUCCAAACACAUAUGUCUGCUACUGGAUACCUUGUUGGUAUAAUAGCUGGUGCAAUACUUCACGAUCACAAAGGCAGUUCCUGGCGUUUGUCUAAGUUCUGGUCAAACGUCUUGGUUUGUCCGAUGCCUGUGGUUUUAUAUGUCGCCAUCCAAUAUUGGGCGCAUAAAUUUUUUAUAUUGAGCAAGCCGAAUCUGUUUGAAGAAGCACUUUUUGCAUUUUUCCAAAGGCUUAUUCCCGCCUUGUGCACAUGUUCUAUAAUAAUUUUGUCAUCCAUCGGCAUUCAAUCAAAAUUUUACCACCGUUUCUUUACAUCUCGUUGGAUACAGCCAUUAGCAAAUUUAACUUAUGGAGUUUACAUGGUACAUUUUAUAUUGCUUACAUCUGACAUGGAACAAACAAAAAUUGCAAAAACGUUUAGCUUUAUUAAAUCAAUAUUGGAAACCAUUCCGGUGCUGCUACUUUCUUACAUAAUUUCUUUACUUCUUGCAAUAUGCAUCGAGAUGCCAUUCAGAAGUUUAACAAAAUGGUUAUUCCUUAAAAACAACACACCUAACAUAAAUGGAAGGAUACUCGGGAACAAAGUAAUAAAAAUGGAAUAAUUAUGUUAUGUCUACAUUUUGCCAAGAACGAAAAAUUGGGGGAAGCACGAUUAUCUUUCAUGAUCCAAGUUUUCUUGUAAAUGCGAGUCGAUCAAGCGCCGCGGUCGCGACACGACGCCGAGUACAUAUGAAACAAAAGCGACCGUGGUAGCUUUUCCGGAAUUUCGGAGGAUCAAUUGGUCUUCCGAGUCAAAUAUUUCAAGCAUGAAAAUUAUAAUCAACAAUCCGAUGACAUUUUUCUUAUAUAAUGUCUAUCUUACGCAUAAUUUGCAACAAGCUCGAUCAAGAUUGGUGCAGGAAAUAAAGAGAUCUCGAAAUUUCGUCAACAAAAAGAUCCUUUUCUUUCGCUAAGAAUUUUAAGAUAUCAGAUCUCACAUAUACGCACACAAGCAAAGCGAGUUUCUCCAUCAAGCUGCGUUUGCAUUGCCACGCGAUGUCAGCUUCAGAUUACACGUAUAUGCACGGACACAAGUAAUGCGAGUUUAUUAUCAAAUGUGUUUGCAACAUACAGGUUGAAAUAAAAUAAGCAUUUCAUUA